UAAGGGCCGCCGGUGCGGGGCGAGGCCGGAGUGGGUUCGGCUUGGCGCGGGAUCUCGGAUCCGGAGCGGCAUCCGGAGCGGCCUCUGGCGCCCUGUCUGGGAUCCGGGGCGGGAUCCGGAGCGGGAUCCGGAGCGGGAGCCAUGGCGUCGUCCAGGCCUGCGGGGCCGCUGCUGCUGCUCGUGCUGCUGGCGGGCGCGGCGCAGGCCGGCCUCUACUUCCGUCCGGGCCAGACCUGCUACCGGCCCCUGCGGGGGGACCAGCUGGCGCAGCUGGGGCGCAGGACAUACCCACGGCCUUAUGAGUACCUGUCCCCAUCGGAUCUGCCCAAGAGCUGGGACUGGCGCAAUGUGAAUGGUGUCAACUACGCCAGCAUCACCAGGAACCAGCACAUCCCUCGGUACUGCGGCUCCUGCUGGGCCCACGGCAGCACCAGCGCCAUGGCAGAUCGGAUCAACAUCAAGAGGAAGGGUGCGUGGCCCUCCACCCUGCUGUCAGUGCAGCACGUCCUCGACUGUGGACAUGCCGGCUCCUGCGAGGGCGGCAACGACCUGCCGGUGUGGGAGUACGCCCACUGGCACGGCAUCCCCGACGAGACCUGCAACAACUACCAGGCCAAGGACCAGGAGUGUGACAAGUUUAACCAAUGUGGGACAUGCACUGAAUUCAAAGAGUGCCACGCCAUCCGGAACUACACCCUCUGGAGAGUGGGCGACUACGGCUCCCUGUCCGGGAGGGAGAAGAUGAUGGCGGAAAUCUAUGCCAACGGCCCCAUCAGCUGCGGUAUAAUGGCAACAGAAAGGAUGGCUAACUACACAGGGGGCGUCUAUGCCGAAUACCACGACGACGCCUACAUAAACCAUAUCAUCUCCGUGGUCGGGUGGGGUGUCAGCGAUGGGACUGAGUACUGGAUUGUCCGGAAUUCAUGGGGUGAACCAUGGGGCGAGAGAGGAUGGAUGCGGAUAGUGACCAGCACCUACAAGGAUGGGAAGGGCGCCAGUUACAACCUUGCUAUUGAGGAGUCCUGUACAUUUGGGGACCCCAUCGUUUAAGGUGAUGUCUCUGGAACAGCAGUGUUUUAAGAAGUGGUAUCAUGAACCCUGACCAGAAGGGCCCUAGGGUUACGGGUACCAGACUGGCGACACUGGAUGGCUGGGAUGGCU